AUGGGACAAAAGGGAAGCGAAUCAAACGAAGCUUUCGUGAAGACUAUGCUACGAGCCAUCAAGGCUUAUGAGCGCCGUGGAGGCCCAUUUCUGUGGACUCCAGCGAAGGAAAAGGAGCUCAAGAAAGCUGUGGAAGCUGCCAAGAGCAAAUUCACCGCAGCAUUGGCCACAGGAACCGCAGUUAUGACCAAAGAACAAGAAGAUGACGUCCAACGCGUCAAGGAAAAGAUGGUCAAGGAUCACAGCAUCGCCAUGUCAAUCCUUAAGCGGACUGACAAAGAGCGUUUUGGUGACCUAAUGACUAUCUCAAGAAGCCCAACGGAACUCCACAGGAAGGAUUUCCUAAAGACGUCCCUGGAGUUUUGA